AUGCGCUCCAUUCUGUCAAUAAAACCGUGGCAAAAACGCACAAAGGUUUGGAGUCGUAAUUUGCAAUAUUUUCGUAAAAUGUCUGCUAAUUCGCCACCAGGAAACAGUGAAGGUGACGAAACUGUCGAACAUUCUGUCCCGCCAAACCCGAUCGAAAGUCUUGGUGCGAGAAUUAGAGACUUGGAUGUAGACUCUAUUAGGCGAUACUUAGCCCAAAAACUGGGAUUAUACGAGCCAUCGGACACGCCGGUACCCGUUGAAAAUGUUUUAGACGAAGUCACUCUAGACGGAAUUGUAAAAUGGAUAAAAAGCGACAGAUGCAAGAAUAUAAUAACAUUGUCUGGAGCAGGCAUAUCCACAUCGGCUGGAAUACCAGAUUUCAGAAGUCCAGAAACAGGUCUCUACCAUAACCUUCAAAAAUACAAGCUUCCUGAACCUCAGGCAAUAUUUGAAAUCAAUUUCUUUAGACAGAAUCCAAAGCCAUUCUUUACAUUGGCUAAGGAAUUAUUUCCCGGAAGUUUCAAACCUACCAUUUCGCAUUAUUUCAUCAGACUUUUGAAUGAAAAAGGUUUACUUCUCCGCCACUACACACAAAACAUAGAUAUGUUGGAACGAAGUGCAGGUAUCCCUGCAGACAAAAUUGUUGAGGCUCAUGGUACCUUCUACACCUCUCACUGUUUGGAUUGCCGCAAGGAAUAUUCUUUGGAUUUUGUUAAAGAACGUAUAUUCGCCGAUCAAAUACCUAUAUGCACGGAAUGCCCAGGAGUGGUGAAACCAGACAUAGUGUUCUUUGGAGAAAGUCUACCCGGCAGAUUCCAGCGGUGCGUGCAGGAAGACUUCCAGCAAUGUGACAUGCUCAUCAUCAUGGGAUCCUCACUUGAAGUGCAGCCUUUCGCCUCUCUUAUUGACCUGGUACCUGACUGGUGUCCCCGGCUGCUUAUCAACCGUGAAAAGGCAGGCGUGAGGUCACCCAUUCUAAGGCUUUGGGGCUUAGCCGGUGAGGGACUCCAGCUGGAUGAAGACGCAGUCCGCGAUGUGGCCAGACUUGGGGACUGUGAUGACGGAUGCCAAGAACUUGCUGACAAACUUGGUUGGGGGGACGAGCUUCGUGCCCUAGUGGCUAGCGAGUAUGCGCGUCUGGAGAGCGAGGGCAGUCUGGCGACUGCGCCCGCCCACACAACACUCGCCGCGGUCGACAUGCCCAGCACCAGCGAACCCAAGCUAUGAAAACACCGCCGAGGUGAGGAGACGGAGACAUUGGUUUAUUUAACACUGUUCCAGAUGAAGCUCCGACAUGUACUUCUUAUUACGAUUAUAGAAAUAGUUACUCAUGCCAUACAGUGUGUUAGUAGACGGUUCUCGAAAUCUUUACCAAUUUUUUCCAUAGCGAUGCUACAAAAAACGUUAUAUUAAAAAUAAGGUAACAUAUUCAGAUCAUUAUUGUAAUCAUUCGUCUAAAAGCCAUAAUAGCACAUAAUCAUGCGAAAAACGAUCGGUUAUUACGUGGCGAAUAAUGCGGCAUCGCAGAUUCGCCUGUAAAUUGGAUGUGUGAUGCUGGCACCUCCAUACAAGCCAAUGCAAUGGCCGUUCUGUCGCAUCUUACGGUAACAUAUCUAACCAUAUGAAACUUAAACCUAAUGGCACAUAAUGCUUAUUAGCUUCUGUCAUAUUCUAUUUCGAUAUCCUAAAGACACCACAGCGCCUUAAGAUGGAUUUGUAGCUAGUUACGGAACCCUCUAAAACCGUAUAAGCAGGACUUCGUCUAAACAGAUGUAGAAUAAAUCGAUGUCAGUGGCAAAGAGCACUAUCUAAUAAUAAUAAUAACAUAAUAAUUUAACAGACAAAUGAAUAUUCAAUAUACUUACAAGUACAUUGAAUAUUCAACUGCGAAUACAUGGUUCGAUGAGUUUUACAAACUAUAUUUUGAUACAAAUAGAUACGUGACUGGUCGCACAUAGAGUUUUGUAUACACUGACCAGCUAAUAUGGACCUGUGUGAUCUAGUCAUCCAUGAUCGUGUUGUCAGUAAAAAAAAUUUAAAUGGAUUGGUACAUUAUUUUGUUCAGUUCUUGUUAUGAUCGAACACGAACAUUUGCUAUGUUGACCAAAAUCAUUCAACAACACUCCCUAAAAACACAGAACAUACUAUUGUGGAGCAAAUUAUACAGUUUAGUUAGUGAGUGUGUAAGAACCAGGUCUAGAAUUAAGUAUGCUUAUUUGGGAGGGCUCAGAAAUGUUCAGACAGCAAGUACGUACAAGUAUACGAGUACUAUAGAGAGAGAUAAGUGUACGAGGUACAAAAAUAUAGCCAUAAAUCACGUUACUUGCAUCCAUGAUUGUUUUAUUGCCCAUGUGAUGUCCCAUACCUAUCUGGAAUAUAGGGAGGAUAUUGUACGUGCACUCGGGCCGGCUUACCCGAGGCACUAGCCUCUUAAGAACCGGAUGAAGUUUGUGACAACUCUGUACACAAGCUGGUUUGGGAUCUGUACCUGAACUUAGAAGGUCCCUGUGCUUGUAGCGGUUAUAUUGCCCUGUCCACAUGACCAAGAGGUUGAUAAAAAGGGUCACUAUAAUUAAACACAUGGCAAAGAUACGGGGCUGCCCAUAUGAUGAGCACUUUUAUAAAGGUGAACAUUUGAUGAUCAAUUAAUUGAUUAAUUUUGUAAUGUUCGUGUUCGAAAUGAAAGCAGUAACGGCUGGUUAUGUUCUCGUGGUACUAUAAAUUAUUAGAUUAAAAAUGUAUCAAUGGUUGAAAGGUAAAAGGGGCUAAGCUUCACUCGGGUAAAAAAUUAGUUAUUUCUGGAUAGUAAAAUUUAUGGAUUAUAAUAUUAGCAGGUUCAGCACAUGACAUUAAAUCAGUUCAAUGGUUUCGUAAAAUGUAUUUUUAUAUUAAUAGAUUUUUACUUAACCUAAAUGUUACUUAACUGCUUUUACCCCUCAACAGUCAAUGUGUGAAACUUAUCGAAGCUUAAGAUUCGUUAUAAUUGAAUGUGAUAGUUGGUAUAAAGGGUUUUGCAUCGUAUUUUGUGCAAAUUAGCUCAUAUUUAUGACUAAAAUAUCAAUAAAUUGUAAAUGUAAUUCGUUUCGGGACACCUUAGGGUCUUUUUUGCCGGCAAUACAAUUCCAUAUCAGUCGUAUUCACAAUCAACGCGGUGUUUUAUGACUUUUAUACUUCAAGGGCGCCUUCGAAUUACACGCUUAUAUAAGCGCUGACUGACUAUGACGUUGCGUCCGCACCACUACUGAUUUUCAUACAAUAUUUAGAAGCGCAGUUGCAGCACCACAGUCGUGAUGCGCGUGCGCCACUUUGUAGCAGUCACAAUAAGGGAACUAAACAUUACUGAAGCGCUACAGACUAGAAGUCUUAAGCGUGUCAUUUCAAGGUAUCCACAACGC